AAUAGCAUUGUUUUCUAAGACGGAAAAUGACAAUUGGAAUUUGGACGGAAGCAUUUAUAGGAGAACAAAAUCAGAAGAGGCCGGUGAACAACCCAAAGCAUUUAUUGGCGAACAUAAAUGAGAAGACAAUUGAGUUUUAGUGCUUUCUUUGAAUUUACAUAAAUCAUUGUCGAGUUUUUGUUUUCUAUUUAGAGAUAUAUUCUGAAAUAGAUAAUAAAAAAAAAAAUAGACCUUCUUGCUGAUGGUGCAAAAGACUGUAUUGAAGGUUGAUGUUUCUUGUGAUAAAUGCAAGAAGAAGAUCCUCAAAGCUGUUUCAGGUCUGCCAGGUGUGGAAAAAAUAGAAAUUGAUGGAGCAAAGGGGACUUUAAGCGUAACGGGGAACGCUGACCCAUACGAGGUCAUUGUAAGAUCAAGGAAAGCUGGGAAAUUUGCGGAGGUGAUCAGUAUUGGGCCUCCACCAGCUCCUCCAAAACCAGAUGGACCGAAAAAACCCGAACAGAAAGGGUCCAAACCCGAACCCGACCCCCAGACCAUGGCCCAUAUGUUUGGGCCUCCCCCUCCGUUAAUGCCCUCAGUCUGUCCUUGCUGUCAGAGAUCACCACAUGUCGUUCACGUGACACGUAGGGAAGAACCCACCCCACAAUGCUCGAUUUUGUAAGUGCGCAAUUUCGACGAAU